AGUCUGCAGUUCGGAGGGGAGUCGGUAGAAUAGGGGAGCUAAACUAUGGAGAUUAUCGAGAAAAGCUUAGUACUCGUUUUAUAAAAGACUUUAGUUUGCAAAGAGUUAGGAUAACACGCAUCUGGAAUAAAAUUUCGCUCCCGUUUUUUCCCCCCCUUUCGUCUACUGUCGAAAAUGGAAUUUUGGAUUUACAAGUUGGGAAUCUUCUUCCUUGCCAUUUUUGACGUCGUUUUCUCAAACUAUUCGGAGGACCAGUGCAGCUGGCGAGGCAGUGGGUUGUCCCAGCAGCAGGGCAGUGUGGAACAGAUUUCCCUCCACUGUUCAGAGGGGACCCUGGACUGGUUGUAUCCCAAAGGGGCCCUGCGUCUCACCCUGUCCCCCCGCCUACCCUCUGCCGCUGUGGGGCCGGCGGGCGGCAGCAGCUCAGGCCUCAUCACCGCCUGCGUCAAGCCCGCAGAGGAGUUCCACGGAGCCCAGCUGUACCUGGAGAGAGAUGGGGUCCUGGAGCUCUUGGUAGGAGACCGCCUGGCAUCCUCCCCGCCGCCGAGAGUCCGCUGCUUCAGCCGCCUUCCCGGGGAGAGGGUGGCCCUCUUCCUCCAGGCUACGCCCCACCAGGACAUCAGCCGGCGCAUCGCUUCCUUCCGCUAUGAGCUGAGAGGUGAUUGGACGGCACGGCUGUCACUCGACUCUAACCCAAUCAGCAGUGAGGAUGCCUGCAGACCCUGCAAUAACACGGAGAUCCUGAUGGCAGUUUGUACCAGUGACUUUGUGGUCCGCGGCAACAUCCGCUCAGUGGAGGAAGACGAGAACUUGCGCGCGGCGGUGAUAAAGGUCAGCGCCACGCGGGUCUUCAGGCAGAAGUAUGCCUUGUUCACCGGCACCAGCCGCCUGACCAGCCAGGGCGAGAUCCGGACUCUGCUGCAGUGUGGCGUGAAGCCCGGGCCCGGGAGCUUCCUGUUCACCGGCCGGGUACACUUCGGCGAGGCCUGGCUGGGCUGCGCCCCCCGCUACAAGGACUUCCAGUGGGCCUACACCAUGGCCAAGGAGGCCCAGCAGAUCCCCUGUGAGCUGGCCGUGGACUGAACCGAGAAAACAACCCCAGUAGGUUUGCUGAACACCGCGCCCGAACCCACUCUCUGGACUUCCUCCAUUUCCUGGAGAGGCAGUUCAGGAAGAACAUAUGUGGGACGUCUAUGUGCGGUUCUGUCACAGCAGGUCCGUUGGAAGCGGUCUUCCCAAAGGAACCAAAAGAGAGAACUUGGAUUUCCUGUGAUGCUGUUCGCAGUGCAAUAUGCAGUCAUCUGGUCCCUGAAGAUGGACAGAGUUGGGACACGGUCAAAGUGAAGACUUCAAGCGUUUGACUUAUUUUUCGUAAAGAUGCCGUUUUGCUGAUUCAGAACGUGUUUUUGAAAAAGCUUUCCACUCAAGGCGAAUUCGUUAAAGCUGUUAAUUCAGGACUGCUGGAUGUCUGUCGCGUUGUUCAAACUCAGGAAAAACAAGAAAAUGUUCUGUUCUGAAACUGUUGUCACUUAGCUGAUAUUUGAGUGUUCAGUCUCAAGGCCGGUGUCAUUACCAUCCAAGGCUUCAAAACGCCUGCCCACGUUUUCGUUCCACAGUGUUCUUGUUUAAAAGACUGUUUGACUUCCUAUUCUUGGCAGUCGAGCUGAUGUUUUCGGUAGCUAAUUUUACUUACAGGAGCCAUUCUCAGUGUUGCUAUUCUUUUGGGAAAUUGCAAAAAGGUCCCUAUUGAAAGAAUCUUUUUUUUAAAAAACAAAAAUAUUUGCACUGAAAAGGUAAAGGGAAUGAUUUGGAAAGUGUAAUGCUGCAAGCACUGAAAGCCAAAUAAAAAAAAAGCAACUAUAUGUAGCAUAGAGGAGCAAUUGGGAAGCUAAUAUAUGCACAGAUCGUACGAGAAGGAGGAGUGACGCUGGGCUAACUGAGCACGACCACACACUCACAGCUUAGCAGGCCAGUGCUGAAAGCACUUUGAUAAUAAAGCCGACUCUGAGAUUCAGUUUCUACAUAUAGACACAGGGUAAGAGUGCUUCGGGGAAAACCCUGUAUAAAUAUCACAGCAGGCCACAGUUCAUGUAAAGUACAUUGCCAUCUUAUGUGAAAUCACUCGUUUCCUGUGUUUCAUUUCUGUGGCUGUCACGUUACACAAGUUUUUUAUAUUUUGAGUGGUCUGAAGUUGGCGGCUCUGCUGCAGCAGUUUGGCCAAAGCAGUUUGACGUUUCUGUUGGUGGAGUUUUUCUUUCCGCUGAUGUUGCCACAACUUAAGUCCUGUUGUUUCUUGUUUCCUUUUCUAAGAUGAUGACAAAAAUGAAUUUACAAAAUUGACAAAGCUUUUUUUUUUUCUUUUGCGCUAUGAUUUUAAGCGAGACCCGUUCGUUGAAUGUCUCCUUGUACAAUAACCACUGCUGACAACAGCCCUUUUCCUUCACGUCCAGGGAUAUCACACCAAGCGCCCCAAAACUGGGACGGAGAUGCAGGAAAUUCAGAACCUCGUCUAUACGUAAACGGGGCCAAUGAAGAGGGCCCUCAGUGUUAACUGAAGCCAGCUUGUUAAGAGGAGGUGAUAAUACUGGACAGGGCUAGCUUGACAGAAGUCUACACACCUUUAAAACUGGUGCGUUAAACGAUUUUUUGAUAUCUGAUGUGCACUAUCUCAACAAGGGGAGGAAUUCAAACCAAAUCACCACCACGAUGUGCUGGAGAGGUGUGUUUUAUAUGCUGUGUACUGCCAUUUCACUGUUUGUUUGUUGAUGUGUUUUUUUUUGUGUGUUUGUGGUAACACCAAUGUGAAUGUAAAUAUGUAAAUAAGAAAUUUUAGCAACAACGACAUAAAGUAAAACCUUAUGAAGUGAUUACACACUGUCUCAGUAUUGUGGAAUGUUUGUACUUUUAUUAAAACUUGGAAGGAUUUCA